GUCGCGGGGAAGGAGUUAAGCACGGACCCAUAGGAGACAUGGAGGGCUCUGGUACAGUGUAUCUGCCGCAGAAUAAAAAACCCAUGGUGUGUGUGGAGUACCCAGGCAUUGUGCAGAAUGUAGAUAAAAUGCUGCAGACCCUGGGAGGGGAGAAAAGCGUGUCCCGGGUAAGACAUGGUCUGAGAGCACAUGGAGUGGGUAACUACCCCCCCCCCCAAAGGUGGUAGGACAUGGCCAGUAAUAUGAUCAAAGAUUGUAAAACAUGGCUAAUAUUAUAAAUCAUCAGCAAUUACAUCAGGCUCUCCCCAUCACCUGAGCACAUACAAAACCUACUUACAUUAUUCAAACUUAAUAAUUCACUGUAAAAAUACUGAACAUGUGUCAAUAAUUUGCAACAUCUUGAUUGACUACUGAUUCUGUCCACAAUAAUGUUGCUCUGCAUAUCAUUAUGGCCUAAUAUAUUACAAUAUAUUUCAGUACUGGUAUAUAUUACAGUAUAUAUCAGUACGGAUUAAUAUAUUACUGUAUAUAUCCGUACGGGUCUUUAUAUUACCGUAUAUAUCAGUACUGGUCUAUAUAUUACAGCAUAUAUGAGUAUGGAUUAAUAUAUUAACGUGUAUAUAUACGUACUGGUCUAUAUAUUGCAGUAUAUAUCAGUACUGGUCUAUAUAUUACAGCAUAUAUGAGUAUGGAUGAAUAUAUUAAUGUAUAUAUCUGUACUGGUCUUUAUAUUACAAUAUCUAUCAGUACUGGUCUAUAUGUUGCAGUAUAUAUGAGUACAGGUCUGUAUAUUGCAAUAUAUUUUAGCACUGGUCAAUAUAUUACAGCAUAUAUCAGUACUGGUGUAUAUUUUACAGUAUAUAUGCGAACUGAUAAAGAUAUUAAAGUAUAUAUCACUACUAGCCAAUAUAAUACUGUGUAUAUAUUAGGCAUAUCAAGAAUGAUUUUGAAAAAUAUAGUCACUAGAACAACUACAGCUUAUUGUAUUUGUUCUGUUGAGUAUAAUUAUUGCCAUCAGGCUUUUUGCAGUAAACAUUGUAUAUUCAGAGAUAAGGCAAUGUUUACAUUACAGCCUAGGGAUACCUCCACUGGCAAAUCCUCAGAUGGCUACUAGAGGUGCUUCCUCUGCUUGUAGACACUGAACGUUCCCUAUAAAGAUGCAUUGAUUCAAUGCAUUUAUAUAAAAAUAAGCUGAUUGGCCAGGGCUGUGAGUCUGAGGCUUAUGUUCGCUUUGCCCCUGAUCUGCCUCCUUGACAAGCUCAGCCAAUCCAAUGUUUUGCUAUAUGAAAGUAUUGUGAUUGGCUCAGAACACCACUUCUGAUUAUAUUAGCCAAGCAGGCAGUCUGGGGUAAAGGUAAGAUUAUACUAUAUUUAUGGGGGGCAGUCAGGAAUACAUGUUUGUGUUCCUGACUCUAUAGUGUUCCUUCAAAUUUAUCUAUCUCUGAAUUUAUAACUAAUUUCAUAAUGCUGGGUAUUAGUUGUGAUAAAGAAGAUCUGGAGAACCUUUAAUAGAUCAGUGCUCUUGUUUGAAUUUUACAGAUUUACGCUGAUCCUACCAGGAGGCUGGAACUGUAUUUCAGGCCAAAUGACCCUUACUGUCAUCCUUUAUGUGCCAAUCGCUUCCCAACCACAACCAUGAUUCUUCGAGUAAAAAAGAGAGUCAGAAGGAAGAAAGCUAAUGAAAUGCAAAUAUCCGAGCCAAAUCAGGAGGGCAGUAUAAGCAUGGAGAUCAUUGGUGUUGUGGGUACAGUCUACAAAUUCCAAGGUGUGUAAUUUACUAUUAAAGAGUUACUCCAACCUGUAUGAAUAUUUUUUUUAAAUGAUGUCCCUCCAUCGCUGUAAAUUUUUCUUUAAAUAAGAGUAACUUACCUUUAUCCAGUGCCAGUGUUCUUUCAAAUUCCGUUUCCUAUCAGAAUAUGCUUCCUUCGCUCAGGAAACACUUUGUGUUAGGAAUUAGAAUGUGACAGAACCCCGUGCAAAGAUCGCCCCAUCUGUCAUCAUCAGCAGCCACAAACGGUUGAAUAAAAGGCUUCUCGUAGAGAAGGUUGAACUAUUUAGCCGUUUCAGAGUUUAUGUGGACAGAACAGAGUUUGGGGCUGCUAAUGUCACGUUUGUCAACUCAUAUACCGGCAUACAUAAUAUAAUUAUGUAUAAUAUAGUAUAAGGAGUCAGAGGUAUCAUAAAUUGAGGAGUCGGAAUCAAAGGCUUUGUGUACCAACUCCACAGCCCUGUUCGGGUCUCAUAGAUUUUCUCAAAUAAUUUCUUUUUUUUAUGUGAGUGUUAGUAAUGCAAAGAUUAACAAGUGUCUGAAUCUUAUGCUCUUUAGGCAUGUCCGACUUCCAGUAUCUCGCCUUUACCCGGAGUUCUGAUGGCACCAUAACCUCUUUGUACGACAAAGUUCUUCUAAAGAAACCAGAGAAGGAAGAGUUUUUUCAUCAGGAUAUAGUUUAUCACAUUCCACCACCAAUAUUCUCACGGCUGGAUAGCGCAAUUGAUUAUCAUUACCGGCCAAAUGUCAAUCACAGGUAAUUUACUAUUUGCUAUACUGUGUCUUACAAGUCUUGCUGAAAUCCAGUGGUACUUAACUCUUGUACUGGGAUUAAAAACCAAGCCUCCCAUGCCAUUUUAGUGGACCUCAACUGUUUGGAACAGACAUGUCCUGUUCUCCACUGGCUGGAAUCCCAGGCAUUUUUCCUCACAAGAAAUGAUUUACCUCAGGGACACCGCCUUUUUUAGUGCAGAAGAGACGACAUUGGGAAAAUUCUUAUAAAAGUGUAUUGUAGAAUCUUUGUUUAUUAAAAUAUAAAAAUGGAUCACCGUGCUUUUUUUCCAAAUGAAGGGGGUACGGCUGGGAGCAAACACACCGAGGGAAGUAGGGGACAUACAAGCUUCCUCUUGCAGUGUGUGCUGACAAGAUGUAAUUUUUGGACAGAGUUAACAUUAGGCAACCUAGAACAGAAUUCCCCCUUUAAAGAAUGUAAUGAGUUUAUCUAUGUCCGAUGUUCACUUGCUUACGAUAAGUUACCAUAUGUAUUGAUUCCAACAUUAACAUUUACUUUAGUGUCAGUGUAAUGUAAUAAAAGGCCACCAUCUCAUGAGGAUUAUCAGGGGCUUAGAUAAGAUUUUUCUUGUAACUUAAAAUCGAAACUUCAUUUUUUUUCCAUCCCCCCCCCCAAAGGGAGGGUUUUCAGUCCCCUCAGGUGUCCAGUGAAAAUUUGAUUGGUUUGAGCAGGGCUCGUAGACCACAUAAUGCAAUCUUUGUCAAUUUUGAAGAUAAUGAAGUGCCCAGAAAACCCCAUCAGGCUGCCGUGAAGAACUGGGAAAAACUUUGCACAAAUGCAAUAGAUAUUCACGCAGAAGAGGAAAUGAAGAGGGUAAGUCUAAACUACUGCCUAACAUAUAUGAGUGAGAUUAAUGCAUCUGUAAGGGCUGCGGAUGCUAUAUUUGGUGAGCUGGACACUGUUGACAGUACAGUUGCAAGCUCUAUUACCCAAGAAAGCUUGGAAGUUGGGACAGGACCCAGGAAGUAUGUGGUAGAACAGGGACUAACAAAUUUAAAAGGAUUUCUAUUAUAUGAGGAGAUGUAACGGGUGGUGGACACAAAGCGGAGAAGAGAUCUAAUACUGCAAUGCAUGCAGGAGCAGAAGAAUGCUUGGUUUCAGGCACAAUCGCAGAUGCAUAACCAAGCACGCUUCGUCUAGAGCUAAAAGUCUGGUAAAUGGUUACAGUGCAUGCGCAAUGCUGUAAACAGCAUUGUCACAUCAACAUAACUUUGGCUAUUUUGUGUCCUUAUUUGGCACCAGGAGCACUGGAGCAGUUUUGAGCCAAAUGAUGCUGAUGUAUCACCACCCACUAUUGGCAUCAAAAUGACAGCUAUACGCCUUGAUGCAUGCUUGUGUGAGUGGAGCCCUCAAAUCAAAAGAUGGAUUCUUCCCUUUUUAAUUAGUGUGUGUGUAUAUAUAUAUAUGUGUGAAAGUGAUUGUUUAAGGAACUAAAAGUACUCUCCCUCCAGCAAAACAGUGGACUGAAAUAUUUGAUUUUUUAUUUAUUUAUUUUUUGCUCUGCACAUUUUAUAUACCUCUUACCAAAAGCACUUUCUGGUCCCUUAUAUUUUCUAGCUCUUUAAUAUUCGUCCAGUUUGGUCAAGAAGUGCAAUUAAAGCCAACAUCAGUCUCCACCCGGACAAACUGAAGAUGCUUCUGCCUUAUGUGGCUUAUUAUAUGGUGAGUUUUGCCAACACAGUUCUCUCUACCCCUUUUUGUUUUUAAACCUCUUGAUGUGUGGAAUUCAUUUUUAUUCUUUUUGAUGUUGCACACGGCUAUGAUAAAAAAAACAAAAACAAAACUUCUAGUGAUACUCAGUUCAGUAAGUGAGUUAUUCUAUAAGGUCCUGUUUAUUUAGUUAUAGUAUUACUCACAUUCAGAUGACAAACAUUAUAAGCUCUCUAUAGCAUUUUUUGUUUUUUUUUGCUCUUUAUUGUUUUGUUCUAUUAUGUUUUCACACAUACUCUGUGUAUCUGUUCAAUGCAGUUGACUGGUCCAUGGAGAAGUCUUUGGGUACGUUUUGACUAUGACCCCAGAAAGCACCCCGAGGCAAAAAUCUACCAAGUACUGGAUUUCCGGAUUCGAUGUGGAAUGAAAUAUGGUAAAAAUGAGAGCUAUUUUAGGCAGUUUGAUGAAAUUGACAAUUAUGGAGACCACCUGUAUUUCAAUAGGAUAGCAAUUGCAUAAUUUGCAGUGAUUUUCACUGAUUUGUGCUUGCAAGCCUAGACAUUGCUCUUUCGAUUGCAUGAUAGCAGCAUACAUGAUACACGCAGACCAGAGGAGGGGUUUGUUGUGUCUAAUUCUUCCUUUUUUUCCCCCAAAAAGAGUUUAUUACUCAGGUGGUCAGUUCCUCUUGAAGUAGAUUAGCCAAGUUCAGUUGUUACUGGAAUGAUGUAACAUUGGAUCUUAUGUAAGGAAUAAAAUAAACUAUUAGUAAAAACUGCUUGAAGUUGGAUUCCAUGGAAGAUUUACAAUUUGAUUUCAAAAACUUACAAUUAAAACUCAUUUGAUUCUAUCAUGGUUCUGUAUGGACACACACUUAAGUCAAGUCAGGCAAUCACAUUUGAAAGCAUAUGGUCUAAUAUAACAUCUUCAUAUGAACACAUUCCUACUCUUAUAGUGACUGGAUCUGAGACUUGAAGAAUUUUCAUAUACCGCAAAAACAAAUGUAUUCUUAUUUAAUUCUUUAACCCCUUAGUGAUCAGACCAUUUUUCGAUUUUCUUACCGUUAAGGACCAGGGCUGUUUUUACAUUUCUGUGGUGUUUGUGUUUAGCUGUAAUUUUCCUCUUGCUCAUUUACUGUACCCACACAUAUUAUAUACAGUUUUUCUCGCCAUUCAAAUAUCUAUCUAAAGAUACCAUUAUUUUCAUCAUAUCAUUUACUAUGAACAAGUUAUAAAAUAGGAUGAAAAAGUGUAAAAAACACACUUUUUCUAACUUUGACUCCCAAAAUCGGUUACGCAUCUACAACCGCCAAAAAACACCCCUGCUAAAUAGUUUAUAAAUCUUGUCCUGAGUUUAGAAAUAUCCAAUGUUAACAUGUAAUUGGCUUUUUUUGGAAAGUUCUAGGAAAGUUCUAGGGUAAGAAGUACAAGUAGCAUUUUGCUAUUUCCAAACCAUUUUUAUUUUUUUAAAUUAACGAUUAUAUUGUAACACUGAUAUCUGUCAGGAAUCCCUGAAUAACCCUUCACAUGUAUAUAUAUAUAUUUUUUUUUUCUCAAAAGAAGACAACCUUGGGAUAUUUUGACUCUUUUCAUCCAUUUUACCACCAAUCUAUGCCAAAUUAAAAAUAAAUUAAAAAUUGGUGAUUCUUUUGACACAAAAAGCAAUUUAAGAAUACAUGUACUGAGAACUUUAAGGAUUACUGCCAAAGAACACCCCAAUGUUCAGCAACAUCUCCCGAGUACAGUGAUACCACUCAUGGAUAGGUGUGUCUGGUUCUCUGGGGCUUAAAAGACCCUAUUUGGAGGGUGCGCAUUCCAGUUUUCUAACUUGCAAUUUUCACAGCUGGUCAUCAUGCACCAAUGUCCUAUUUUGGACAUUUUUGAAGCUGGCCAAUGUAAUUUACCCCCAUCUUUUUAAAGUAGACACCCUAGGGUAUUUCAAAUGGUGAUAUUUUAACACUUUCCAUGCACUAAUUCUACUACCAGUCGUUGUCAAACUUUUGGGUAGCCAUUUUUUUUUUUUCUCUCACAUUGUACUUUAGGCAUGGAUUAUCAGUUCCUGUUAUGUGUUACCGACAAAGAACACCCCAAUAUGUGUUCAGCAACAUCUCCUGAGUACAACAGUGCCCCCAAUAUACAGGUUUUAUGUUUUUUUGCAAACUUACUGGGGUCAAAUAUAGGGCUUUCCCCUUUUGCAUGUUUGCACAUUGAAAUAUAGCAGAUUGGUUUGCUGGGCCUUUGUUGCCUCUCAGACCAUAUGGCAGCUCAGGAAUGAAAAUCAAACUCUGGCCAAAAUUAGCAUUUAUAUUUGUGUUUUUUUGCAUUUUUCACACCUAAACUGCCAUUUCACUGAUUUAUAUUAUCAGUAUAAUAAAUUUUACUGCUCCUAAAACUCUCAUAUUUGUAUAGAGUAAUGUCUCACGAGUACAACAGUACCCCCUCAAGUACAGGUUUUAUGGUGAUUUGGAAAAUUACAGGGUCAUGAGAUUUGCCAAUUUCUGUUUUUGUAAAUUGCUAUUUACCAGAUUGACUAUGUUGCCUUUGAGAUGGUAUGGCAGCCCAGAAAUGAAAAUUAACCCCACCAUGACAUACCAUUUGAAAAAGUAGACAACCCAGGGUAUUCAAAAUGAGGUAUGUCCAGUCUUUUGUAGUAGCCACUUAGUCACAAGCACUUGCCAAAGUUUUAUAUAUAUAUAUAUAUAUAUAUAUAUAUAUAUAUAUAUAUAUAUAUAUAUAUAUAUAUAUAUAUAUAUAUAUAUAUAUAUAAGAGAUAAACCUUGGCACUCACCCUCUAUUGAAGAUAUAAUGAAUACAGCCUGGGUGCAAACCUUGGCGUUGAGUAUAUACAAAAAUGAACAGAGGUGCACUCACAGGUCUUCAAAUGUGGUUCUAUUUAUUUUACAUGCAAGAAUACAUGUGUGCAAAAAUCCAGUAAAUCGACGUUUCGACCCCUAAAGGGUCUUUUUCAAGAUCCAUAUAUAUACUUUCUUAUGGGGAGGUCUAAUGCGCGCCCGGCCCUUGCCCUUGGAGCGUGGGCAGAGCCUGACCCAGCACCGAGGGACAUCGGCGCUAGAUUCAGGUAAGUCACUGAAGGGGUUUUAACCCCUUCAGCAACAUGGGAUUGUGGAGUGGAGGGAGAGGGGCACUGCAGGGUCCUUCAGUGCCAGGAAAAUGGAUAUCUUUUCCUGGCACUGGAGAGUCCCUUUAAGGGGAUAUAUGUAUUUAUAACGUCAUUCUAAAUGUAUUUUGAUUUACAUAUAUAUGUAUAUUAAUAUUAGAACAAAUUGAAACCGGUAUAUAAUUUUUUUCAAAUUUAAUUUUAUUUUUCCAUUUAUUUCCAUUUAUUCUGUAGAAAGCAUAGAUGCUUUUAUUCAGCACAAAUCAUACAUCAACGUUUCAGUCCAACCGGACUUUUCUCAAGAUCAGGUCCCUAAAAGGAAUAAAAACUCACCUUAUUUCAAGCACCGCGCGGGUUCGCUGGCGAUGUCUCUGCUCCCCAGGAGACAUCAUCAUAAUGGCUGAAUUUUAGCCAGUCCAAUGCUUUCCCAUGGGCCCUUUUGGCCAAUCAGCACCUCCUCAUAGAGAUGCAUUGAAUUAAUGCAUCUACAUGAGGAAUCAGCAUCCCCAUGCAGAACAUGGGGACGCUGAACGGCAGUGCUGCCUGCUGUGCAGCACUCAGCCAGGAAACACCUCCAGUGGCCAUCUGAGGAGUGGCCACUUGGAGAUGUCCCUAGGGGCAAUGUAAAUACUGCCUUUUCUCUAAAAAGGCAGUGUUUUCAUAAAAAUGCUUGCAUGAACUACUACAUUACUCACCAGAACUACUACAUUAAGCUGUAGUUGUUCUUGUGACUAUAGUGUCCCUUUAAAGGACCACUAUAGUGCCAGGAAAACAAACUCUUUUUCUUGGCACUAUAGUGCCCUGAGGGUGCCCCCACCCUCAGUGUCCCACUCCUGCUGUACUGAAGGGAGGGGGGGGUGGUUAAUCCCUUACUCUCUCGGCGCUGGGACUCUUCUCCCUCUUCUGAUGUCAUCGUCUGAAGGCAGAUGCGCGGCAAGAGCCGCGCGCGCAUACAGCCAGUCCAUAGGAAAGCAUUCUCAAUGCAUUUCCUAUGGACACUGGCGUCCUCUCACUGUGAAAAUCACAGUGAGAAGCGCCUCUAGCAGCUGUCAAUGAGACAGCCACUAGAGGCUGGAUUAAACCUAAUGUAAACAUAGCAGUUUCUCUGAAACUGCUAUGUUUACAGCAGGCAGGGUUAAUCCUUGGUGGACCUGGCACCCAGACCACUUCAUUGAGCCGAAGUGGUCUGGGUGCCUAUAGUGGUCCUUUAAGAUAUAUUUAGUAGUCAAAAACUCUGUUUGCUUUAUGUGAGUCUGUUUAGCUCCUUUUCCAGCUUAGCAAAUAAUUUGAUUACUGAAAAUGUGUGAAACAUAUCUUUGCAUUUUGUUAAUAGGCUACAAAGUAUGCAAAGUUUACAGAUUUUCUUUCUUUUUUUUUAUUUUUUUAUUUUAUUGAAUAGAAAUGUGAACCAUAUGAGGUCAUGUUGCUCUCUGAUCUAUCAACUAUUCUAGAUUGUUAGCUCAUUAGACUAGUCUUCAAAAAAAACCCUGUGAACAUGGUAAUAGUUUCUCUUCUCUAUUCUCUCCUGCCAUAUUAAAAUGCUUUUAUAUAAAUGCCAAUAAUAAGAAAGUAGUUUUUAGACCUGGAAAAGCAGGGCGAUUACACGUAGCACCCUUAAUGGACCAACACUGGACUUGGGUGUCAAGCUGUCUAGUAUAUCAAAGCCCUGUAUUUUUUUCGAAUUUUUAGACGUGUGUUUUAGGGUCACUGUUGGAGCAAAUGUUUAUUUUUUUCCCCCCCUUUUUUUAUAUAGUGCCAAUAUAUUCCACAGCACCUUACAAUUAUUGAAUGGGAAUAAUUGACAACAAAAGGUAAUUAGCAUCAAAAAUAUUAACAGAGACAAAAGGUGAAUUGGGCCCUGCUCAAAGGAACUUGAAAUCUAUGAACUUUAUAUUUUGUUUAAUAUUAAAAGGGUGUCCAAACUAACAACGUAUACUCCUUACAAAAAGUUUCAAAAGUAUGAAAAAUGUUUAUAUCCUGUUAUUCAAUCACUAUUGUGCCCCUGGUUUAACCCACAUUUAUUAAGGUUGUUCAGACAUCUUUUUUUUUUUUUUUUAAUUCUUUUAUUUUUAUUGUGCUUUGGGUAACAUAACAUAUAAGCUCUUGGUGUCCCAAUAGCAUUCCUCGAGCACAUUUUCCAGCGAAACAAUUGGAACAUUAGGAUUAUCAGCACUUUUUUUUUUUUUUAAACAUGAGAGUAGUAUUGAUUAGAUCAGAUUAUUGGUAAAUGUAGGUCACAAUAGCCAGCGUUGUGGGUACAAGAGGUUAAUAUACAUGACUGACCUAGAUUAGUAACAUGCACAAUUCUUUGCUAGUGUAUCUGUCUUAUGAGGCAAAUGCUCAUUAGUGUAUGCGUGGUAGGCAGGCUAAACUGUGGGUCUAAGCAUAUAAUCUAAGGCUACAUUAACAUAUUAAGAGGUGAGAUGCCUACGGUUACAGUAGGCUGGCUAAGCGUAUAAAACAUAUCUGAGUAAAGCAAAUAAAGGGUACUGGCAGAUUGCACAGUGCGUAAGAGUCAAUAGAGGGGGAGAUCACCGGAUUUUGUGUGCGUUUUACGGCUCUCAGUGUCCAGUGCAGCCGGCGUCCGCCUGUCUCAGGUUUUCAGUCCAGUGCUUGUUUCAGCCGAUGCCCAGUUUAGAUAUGGUCUGAUUGCAGGCUGAUGGCUUCUCCAGGGUAACCGCCCCCCCCGUCUCCCGGUCAAUGUCGCGGUCUGUUCCAUGGGUUCUCCUGUGCAGGAACGUGUCAGGCUGGGCAUAGGUCUCUGGAGCCACUGUAGGGCGAGCGGGUUGGGUGCACCGGCGGGUCUCGCUUUGGUGCGUGGGGGCGUUGGCGCUGGUGUCCAGGCAAUUUUGCGCUGUUUCCCACUGUGGUGACCUUCGGCUCCGGUUCUGUCUGGGGGCCGUUCUGGCUCGAGGGGGAUUUACUCCCAGGUGGCUGCGGAGUGCCGGGCGGAUCCAUCCCGCUACCGCUCUCAUCACCUGCUUGAAGAUCAGUCUCCGUGUAUUUAGCCUUGUUCGGAGCCGGUCAUAAAACUCCCAUGUAUGCUUGGGAGGCUCGGUAAGUGGGCGCGUUAUUGUAGGCUGCUUCCGUGCCGCCAUCUUGCUUGGGCCUUGCCCUCCCCAUUUUGCUUUGGACAUUGUCACUUAGUCAGGCAAUAUUGUGGGGGUAGUCGCCCCCAGCGAGGACCGGGAUAUCCCCCGCCGGUCCAGAGGGGGGGGUAGCAGGGCUGUGUGGAAGUCUCGCUUGUGAGUGUGUCCUGUGCCGGGUGAUCGUCCGCCUCCCCCGGACCUCAGGCUUUGCUCUGAUGUAGGCCUCAUGGUCAGCACAGGUUUUUCUGCGUCGCAUCGGGACUGGACCGGUACUAUUCUAUGUCUCAUGGUGUCUUGGGUCGGUCCCCGGGCACUGUUUGUUGCCAUCGUUGAUAGGUCGCUCUGUAGUAGCCAGUUUAUGCUCUUUAUUACAGGAGCUCUUAGACUGUGCGACCGGCCAUCUUGGGUGUCAGGCCCCGCCCCCCUACAGACAUCUUUUUAUGUAUACAUGUAUUCUUUGUAUCAUUAACAGUUUUAUUUGGCAUUUGGUACAGUGUUAAGUUUGUGUUGGUAAAAUAAAGUACCUUUUGUUUUUCUUGUACAAUAGGGUAUGCUGCAAAUGACAUGCCAGUGAAAGCUAAACGCAGCACUUACAACUAUAGUCUGCCCAUCACCAUUAAGAAACCAGGUAAGUCUGGAAAUAACUCCUACCUGGGACUUUCAUGGGCACACACUUUGCCAGUAGUUCAGACACAGGGUUGGCCUUUUAUUUUACUGAUCCUUUGCACUUUUUCAGCACCACAGAUGGUCAGCAUACAGGAACUGACACAAGGACUUGGUACAUCUACCAUUUCCUCAAGUAAAAAAGCACCUUCAAACAAGUACAAACUAAAGGUGAGUGCUCACUUUUUCUGUUUUAUUUUUGAUUUUUUAAUGGCUGUUAUAAGUAAGCUGAUAUUGUGUACAAUAUGCAUCAACUUUAGUACUUGUUCAAAAUUCAGUGGAGGUGCUUGUCUAACCUCUGUGAGUGUGUGUGUAUAGAAACAAUUGUGAAAAAUCCCUCAAACAGAAAUUUGGAUAAAAUUAGAGACAUUUAGAGAAGAGACUUACCACACAUGUGCCCUAACUUUUAAUUAGUAGUAAAGCGUGAUCAUGUUUAAACCUGCAUUGACACUGCAAUUUCCCUCAGUCCUCUUGACACCAGAGACGGCCAGUAUGUCUGAUCGAGAGCAAUGAUGGCCAAUCUAAUUUACCGUGGUGCUCAUUCUGGAAUGUAAACCUGUCUAGUGCCACAGUGGUGAAGUACAGGGUUGUUUUUGUCUAGUUUUACUAUGUAUGAAUUCUGCUAUGUCAAUAUGUGACCUUCUGAAAUAUGGUGUAAAUCUUUUUUUUUUUUUUUCUGUUGUGUAAGGGUGAAUGUAGAGGUUUGUGAAUUAUUGUUUUCUAAUGUCACGGUUUCGUGCUUUGUGUUGAGGUGAAUAUAAUGUGUAUUUUCAAAGAUCAUGUUUGGACACCUGUUGAUGCCUCUGGGCCCUUGGUACAUCACAGAAUGCCGUACUAUUCAGUCCUUUCUUGGGUAGUGCCUUUGUAUAGAACUUUGUGUGCUGUUCCUAAAAUAGCAUUUUAAUUCCAGUUCUUACAGUUUGUAUCCCAAAUUCAUUUGUGCUGAUCCCUCUGCCUACAAUGCCUGUUUUGAACCCAUUCUUUUGAUUGUUUGCAGGAAUCGGUUUAUAUUUUUCAGGAUGGAACCUUGCCACCAUACCGCCAGAUGUUUUACCAGCUCUGUGAUUUACAAGUGGAAAGGUAAUUUUUCUCUGCACAUUUGAAAAGACAGGCUUUAGAACAGGUAUAUAUCAUGGUGCUAAACAAUUGUAUCGCUUAUCCUAUAGCCACUCACUAAAUUAGAUAUAAUGUUUAGAAGGGUGAUUUUUCUUUUUCGCCAUCUUUGUUUGAUAUCUGCUGUCAUUGGUUCCUUUCCUCCCUCAUCUCAUUUUGAAAUAAAAAGAAAACUUGUGAAAUCAUAGCAUAAUUAAGUAACAGUGUAGUCCAUGACAUGAAAACCAGAGUUAUAUUCAAGUACAUAAAAGGCAUCACAAACAAGGGAUUGAAUAUUUUGUUUAAGAAAUACUACUAACGGUGAACCGAACAGGGUACAUCACAAGCUUCUCUGCUAUCUCGUCGAAGACUGCAGGCAAUGCAUGGUAGUAGAAUCCCUGUUUCUCUAAAGCGAUUAGGUGUGAGAUGUACUAGAGGAUUGAAAAUAUUAGGCCAGGCUGUCUCAAUGCAGAAUAUGCCAUUCUCUAUUAGACUUUUAUCAGCAGAUAUGUUUUUUUUUUUAACGUAUAGUUGCAACAUCUUUAAGUUUUCUAACAUAGCAACAACUAUUUUGUUACAAAUGAGUCGUGUAUUCUAACUUGGCAAUAACGUUACAAACAGUGACAAUUUUUAAAUUCUACGGAGUUCUUUUGGUGGGAUUUAAUGGCUUUCAAAAUGGCAUGUUUUCUCCCAGCCUGUUAAGAUGUGCGUUAUUUUACCAUUUCAUUAUAUUGUAUUACCUUGUUGUUAUAUAGUAUUAUUUUAUUAUUUAUGUAGUGCCAGCAAAUUCUGAAGCGCUGUACAAUGGGUAGACUAACAGACACGUAAUUGUAACCAGACAAAUGGACGCACAGGAACGGAGGGGUUGAUGGCCCUGCUCAAUGAGCAUACAUGCUAGAGGGAGUGAGGUAUAGUAACACAAAGGGUAUAAGUAGGGGUAAUAAAAUAGGUUGCUAGAAAAGUAGUCAUUGAGCACUUAGUAGGUUAUUUCUGACAGUUGCAGGAGAGGAGUCAUGGGGAGGGGGGAAGGAAUGAAAACCCACUAACAGUUUAAAUGAUAUGCUUUCCUGAAGAAGUGUUUAAAAAGAUUUAUUUUGAAGGAGUGGAGACUGGGUGAGCAUCUAACAGAGAAGGGAAGGGAGUCCCACAGAAAAAGUGCAGCCCUGGUGAAGUCUUGGAGGCAAGCAUCAGAUGUGGAAGUAUGGACAGAGGAUAGGCGUAGGUCUUCGGCUGAGCGUAGGGGCCUCGACGGGACAUAUUUGUGUAUUAGGGAGGAUAGGUAGGUUAGAGCAGCAAUAUGUAGGGACUUGUAAGCAAGCACCAGAAUCUUCAAUUGAGCCCUAAAUCUAACUGGAAGCCAAUGUAGGGACUGACAGAGGGGGGAGGCUUUGGAGGUGCGUGCGGACAGAAAAAUAAGCCUCGCCGCCGCAUUCAUUAUAGAUUAUAGCAGUGCAAUCUGGGCACACGUAAGAGAGAAGGGGAUUGCAGUUGUCAAGGCGAGAAAGAACAAUGGCAUGGACCAGCACCUUAGCUGCGUCUGGUAUUAAAUAGGGGCUAAUGCAAGCUAUGUUUUGAGAUGAAAGCUGCAGGGUUUGGCCAUCGACUGGACAUGAGGGGUGAAGGAGAGGUCGGAGUCAAAGAGAACACCUAGGCAGCGAACCUGCGAGGUAAAGGUGAUGGUGGCACCAUUGACUUGGAGGGAGGCAGACAGGGGAGUAGCAACACCUGAGGAAGGAAAGAUCAGAAGUUCUGUUUUAGACAGGUUGAGUUUAAGGAAGUGAGCAGCCACCCAGUUGGAAAUAGCAAAGAGGCAGUCAGAGACACUAGUCAAGAUGGGCGGAGCAAGAUCAGAAGAGGACAGGUAGAUGCUGCUGCCCAUCCCAUGUGUUCCCUAUUAAGGGUUAAUAAGCAUGUAGGGAUGUAUUUAAAAAAUACCCAUUUCUGUCUCAUUGGAGAUAUCUUGCCAGAAUCUCAAGGAAUCAAGGUGAAUGGUUAGAGUUAGAACCCACCUAAGAGGUCUGCCUUGACGUGGCAUGUGUGCAUACCCUCUCAUGGCCAUUGGAGGUAACUAAAAACCUCCAUUUGUUUGAAAAGACUUAGGGAUGUGGAAAAUGGAUACAAUGCUGGCAAGAACUCUUCGCAAAGUCAAGCACACAUAGCAGCCAUCAAGCACAAAGAUGGCACCAUGAAAACCACCCUGACGGACAUACCCCAAGUGUAUACGGAAUAUUACCAGUCUAUAUAACCACUCCCCUGUCGGGUGAACCUUCAGCCUCGAGAGGAUGAGGCUAUUUGCUCUUUCCUCAGUACGCUGGGACUCAAAACAACGGACCAUGGAUGUCAGUAAUAUACUGAACGAGAAAAUACCGGGCAAAUAAAUCGACAAAGCCAUCUCGGAAUUAAAAGGGAACAAAGCACAGGGACCAGACUGCUUCGAAGGUGGGUAUUAUAAAACCUUCCAAGAACUUAUCCCACGGUUUGAACUCCACUUCAUCGACUUCAGGGAGGGAGGGACGCCAGAUAGACAUGUCACUGGCUAAUAUUGUCUUACUUCCAAAACCAGGUAAAGACACGCUAUCCCCAACGCACUAUAGGCCCAUUUCCCUAAUAAACCACGACUCCAAAAUUUGCGCUAAAAUUUUGGCAGACAGCCUAAAUCCGCUCCUAGCUAAACUUAUACACGCAGGUUGGAUUUAUCCCCUUUAUCGACCUUUAUUCGAGAAUACCCAACCAAACAUAGACAUUAUAUGAAGACAAACGCCCACAAACACACCCACCAUAGUAGUCUAGCUAGACACCGAAAAGGCGUUUGAUAAGGUCAAGUGGCACUAUCUUUUUCGCCUUCUAACCUACCUGGGAUUCCCAGCUUCAUACAUAGUAUACAUUGCUUUGAUGUACGUUAACGUCACAGCCCAGGUUACUAUCACAGAUGCCCUUCCGAGCCCAUUCGGGCUUAGCUGUUACGGCUCCCAGCUCUUCUUCCGGUGUGGCCACACAUAAACUAAGCAGCUACACCUACAGAGGUAUUUCAUACUUACCUUGGUCGCGGCAGGCCAGUGCCUGAUUUUUUCCGGUCCCCGGCAGGUGCGACUUCUUAGGAACGCCAGCCGCUGUGGUUCGGGUUUUAAUAGUAAACUUAUCUUCUCCCACAUCAAAGAUGGUGCCAACAUGUGUGCGACACCACGUCAUAGACGCGCGCACACACGUUUUGGGGUCAGAGGUCAAAGACAGCCAAUUACAGCCUAAAGAGGGUUACUUAAACCGAAAUUACAUUUUUGUCGGUGCCCUCUCGUGGUUUCCACUAGCCGGGUAUCCGAGAGUGUGUUCCUGAUCGUGUUUUUUCUGGUAUUUGACUUUGGCUUUGUUUCGACUUCCCUGAUUUCUGGUAUCCUUGACUUCUGGCUUUCCUCAUCAUUGUGUCACGUGCUGUGUCCCUGACCUUGGCAAAUAUUUUGAUUAUUCUCUGGUACGUUAAGUCCGACCACUCUAAGGUCCGGUUAGACGUUAUCCUUAGUCCUAGGUGUGCUACUAAUCUUCGUGCUGGAUCAACUAUAAUCCUGACAUUAGCAAUGGGACAAAACAGGGAUGCCCUCUGUCCCCCCCUACUAUUUGCUAUCUUCCUAGAGCCCCUUCUGCAGGCUUUCCAAAAACAUCCACAAAUACAGGGGGUUAGAGUCAGAGGACAGGAGUUCCUGGUCUCUGCAUAUAAGUGCGAUGUCCUUCUGACUGACAAACCCAGUCGAUUCCAUGGAGGAGGUGAGGGACGUGCUCACUCGAUAUGGAACAAUUUCGGGAUAUAAAGCAAACAUGGAGAAAUCCAGCACACUGCCGAUAGGGCUGUCUGCGGUGGACACGGCAUCUAUUCAUAACGUCCACAAUAUUCAAUUAGCAUUUAGAUCCAUUAAGUAUUUGGGGAUCCAGCUCACAGCAGACUCCUUAAAAUUAUAUGAGUCAAACUAUACUCCGCUUAUCAAACCCUGCAUAAGAUAAAUGGAUAACUGGAUGGACAAACCUAUCUCAUGGGUGGGACGAAUCCACUCCGUUAAGAUGAACAUACUCCCACGUAUUUUAUUCCUCUUUCAGGCCCUUCCCAUCCAAGUUUCAAAAUCCGAUCUGGCACCGCUACAAAAAACAAUAGGUUCCUUUACAUGGCAGAAUAAACACCAAAGGUUCUCAAUAAAUUACUUAUAUCGCCAGAUAUGGAGGGGAGGGCUUGACCUACCGCACCUUCACUUUUAUUAUCUGGCUGCACAAUUGGCACAGGUAGCGAUGUGGCAUACUCCAAUAGAUGACAGGCGGUGGGUAGAUUUGGAGAUCUUGCUCAUGGGAGCGGACCUCCCUCAAUUCUUUAUGUGGGUGCCCAAAGACCAUCGGAUUAUGCUACGGACCACUUGUCCUGCAAUCCUGAAUUCGCUGAGAAUGCAAAACAGACUCCCAUAAAAGAUACGGCACAUAAACCUUUAACAUAUGUCUGAGCCAAUCUAUGCCGAAAGGCUUAAUUACCUUACUCUACACCCAACUGAGCAUCGAAACGAAAGAAUAGGGCCCUCUAACUUAUACAGAACUGGGGGAGGCUCUAGAAGGUAUAGAAUGGCAGGAGAUCUGGGAAGCCAACAAUGCCACAUUCCUUUGUGUAUCCUAAAAGGAACAGUCUCGAUGUUCCGCUGGUACACAACUCCCGUAAAACUGCAAACAAUGCAAAGAUCACCAUCAGACACAUGCUGGAGGGGGUGCAGGUAUAGGGGCACAAAUAUACACGUGGUGGGAAUGCCCCCAUAUCCAAAUGUUCUGGAGCAGCAUUAAGGGUCUAAAAACCCAGAUUUUCCAAAGAGCGCCAGACCUCGACUCCUGGGUAUACCUUCUAAACAGAUCGACAGAAGGGUGGACCAGACACCAACAAAAUUUAGUACAUAAGAUUACGCUAGCAGCGAUGAGAACGGUAGCACAGGCAUGGUUGAAACCAAGAGUCCCCACUGUAGCAGCAGUCAUAAUUCAAAUGAAAGACAUCUGCCUCAUGGAUAACGUAACAGCAAGAGUCAGGGGGUACAAUAAAGUUCCACAAGAUUUGGGAGCCCUGGACGGCUUGCACCCUUGCAACCUGACAGCAAUUUAUCCAGACUGACUACAUGCGGCAAGAUAUUGAGAAAAGUUCCACUGGCGACAAUAUAAGCCUGCAAGUUUAGGAUGUAACAGUCGUGUCAGACUCGAGCUGAUAACUUUCCAAAUUCUAUGGCUUCCUAAUGAAAUCAUAAAUACAUGACUCCAUAUAUUGAUGUGGUAACAUCGCAACCACUUAAGGACUGGGGUAGAUACUUUACUACUGCAUGUCUCUGUGAUCAUAUGCCUACCACGACUAAUGUUUCUCUGUAUUUGGUCUAUCAUUGAUUUGCUAUGUGGAAUUCAAUAUAUGAUUUGCAUUUUUUUUUUUUUUUUUUUAUGCCGACAAAAAUAAAGAACUGCAAAAAGAAUACAGAACUAUUUUUAUUUUCUAUUUUUGUAAUAGAUGGGUUUUUUUUUUGUUUUUUGUUUUUUGUGGAGCUCCAAAAUAUCCUUAUAAUUAUUGGAAGAGAUCAUAACACUGUGUCUGAAAGUAGGAAAAUAAAUGGUGGUACUUUGUUGUGUUAAGAAACUGGUAUUUCAGUUGAUUGCCACAUUUCUCUGUCACACUUCUACAGCUUGCAGGCGGUCAUCCAUAAAAAUGACGGCAAGGAGUCACAGUGUACAGAACGAGAUGGUUGGUGCCUUCCAAAGACCAGCGAUCAACUCCGAGACGCUAUGUCACUCAUGAUCAAACAGAUCAUACGCUCCAAGAGACCAGGUGAAAAUCACUAUUUAAAAAGAUAAAAAAAGCACUAUUAGCAGAGACAUUUGUGUGUGUGUGUGUGUGUGUGUGUGUGUGUGUGUGUGUCAAAACUCUGAAUGCCAGUGUAUCAUGUUUCAUAAGUUUUUAUAUGUUUACUUGUCAGGGUCUCUCCCUUUUUGCACUUUAUAUAAGACAUGUUCUCGUUCAAAGACAAAAUGCUAAAUAUUGCUUACUAAAACCCAAUUUCCUGGAGCAAUACCCACACAAACCACCUUCUGUGCCAAUUUCAGGAACAAAGACAGGAAGCUUUCUUCUUUCCUCCACUCAUGUGUUGCAUCAUCUGCUGCCCCAGAUACUUGAUAUCCACCAUUUCCUUUCCCCCAUUUCAUUCUCUAUCAAUACUCCCACUGUACUAUAGUUAAUAUGCAGAAGAUGGCUCCUGCACAAUGCAACAUUGCAUAUUUCAUCAAGGAACCCCUCCAGUGCCCUAUUCUCCUUGAGCCUGCCCCCCCCCCCCCUCCAAUAGCAUUCCUAGAGCCACAUUUUCUAAAUGUAUCUCUCCUAAGCACAUUUACUCUCUCUCCAUGUCUCAAACCCCUAAUCUGUAGAACAAAAUAGUUAAAACUCUUUAUAAAUAUAUAUAACUAUAAACAAUAUUUCAGGGUGUUAACCAAAACCGUAUACUGAAAGCAAAAAAUGAGAACACUAGACUCAAGAUUUUAUUACUGUAAGAACAAUAAGGAUGAUGAAUUCUCUGCCUGAACAGGUGGUUUUAUCAGAGUCUGUACAGAUGUUUAAACAGCAACUGGAUGGAUAUUUGCAAAAACACAACAUACAGGGAUAUAAUUUUUAAGAUGUGGGGUAACAGCCUCUUGAUCCAAAGAGAGACCUGACUGCCAUUCUGGGGCCAAGAAAAUUAUUUUUUUCUAGUUUGUUGCAAAAUUGGAAGUUCUUCAAACUUUUUUUUUUUUUUUUGUUGUUUGCCUUCUUUUGGAUCAACAGCAGAAAGAUUUUAGAAAGGUUGAACUUGAUGGACACAUGUCUCUUCAGCCUAUGUAACUAUAUGUGAAUGAGAUAGAAUUAUUCUAGUGAAUAUAAUGAAAUAAACAACAAAAGGAAACACUUUAAAGGUUUUAUUGCCAAGUCUGUAUAUACCUUUUCAUGACAGUAAUUUUGGAUGCUCUUUGUUUUUUUUUUGUCUUUUUCCAUAGCCCUUUUUUCUGGACCUUCAACCUCCACUGAGAACAAGGAGCAGCUGACUUAUGAAUCUGGAGAGGAAGAGGAUGACGAGGAAGAGGAGGAAGAAUUCCAUCCAUCUGAAGGCAGUGAAAAUGAAAUGGAAACAGAGCUUCUAGACUAUGUUUAAGUAACUUCUCAGUCUUGCUGAGCUCAAUCCUGAAGCUGUGCUUCAUAAAGUUGCUAAUAUUGGUGAGACUGAUCAGUGUAGGGGCCAAAUUGUGUUUGUGACUGAUCGCAGCAACUACAAACUCCCAGAGAUUGUUACUUCGUUGAUUGUAUCGGAGAUAGACCAGGACUUGUUUCUAGUGUUAUUGGAAAAAAAACAAAAAACCCUAAAACUCCAAAUACAGGGCUUCCAAAAGUUUGGUUUAUUUAACCAUUACCAAUGGUGAGUCUGCAGGAAGUCCACCUUAUUGCCAAUUAUUUAUUGCUUAUUACAAGUAUUCAUGAAAUUAAUCAUUCUGGGUGUAGUAUUUGUGAGAACACAUUCUAUUUGAAUGCAGAAAUUGGUUUUAGUGAUCAAUGGGCACAUAAACUGGCAUUUUCAAUGGUGAGUAUAUGUUGGCACAUUAAAGAGAUACACUUUUUUUAUUUUAUAUGUAAUGCAUUUAAAAAAAAAAAGUGAAAGAAAGGAAAAUAAAAAUUAUACCUUGCACUACUUAAUGAGUCUGCCCAGCAGAGCGAGCUGGGCUAUGUGCACCAGUUGGCACAGCCAUGGACUGCUCAUGCAUGCAUAAGGUAAAAUGGAUAUAGUCAACUCAAAAAAGAGUGCAUGACCACUCUGAGGGGCUGUCAUAGAGCAUUAGGGAUAUUUACAUUAGGUAUUUUGAAAAUAGUUUUUUUUUUUUCUUUUUUCUAACACCUGUCAUUCAGUUCUUCGGCAUGGAGUUUAUGCUGAAUAAUCGAUUGAUAAGGGAGAGCAAAAGAGACAAUCUACAGGCGGUCCUUCUGUUCUACACACAUAGCAACUGCGGUGCAUGUGCUGCAGUUGCUAUGGAAACCCCCUAACAGCACUGCUAGCGCUGGCUAGGGAGUAUAGGAACAGAUGAUAACAGUGAUAUCACUCUGUUCACAUGCUGGCAAUGAGACAAGCAUGUAGGCGUCAUAUGAAUCAAUCAAUGAAGAGGCUUGGCGGAGUAAGGCCAGACAAGAGGUUUGAUUCAGAAGAGUAACACCAACAUCUAAGCAUAAUGCAACGUGGGAGCAGAUGGUCAGAUAAGUGAUAAAAGGUUCCCUUUAAUAAAAGGAGGCAAUAUUUUAAUAUAAUUUUUUAAAAGAAUGAUAUGUAGAACCAGCAGGAUACAUUGUCAUUGGCUUAAAUCACCAUCCUGUUGCAAUAUGUAAAUGUACAAUAGUGUUGUUUUACUAAAAAUGUCAAAAUAUAUUGGUGAUAUGUGACUUUGGUUAGGCAAAUAUAAAAGAAAAUGAAGGCCGAAAUAGCUGUGUUGGGAAAAAAGUAAUCUAAAAUGUUCACAUUUUGACCUGAAAGGUACAUUACAAGCACUGUAGCCUGCUGGUGCCAAGAUUGCCCUGGAUUCCUUCUAGUGAAAGUAGUCAACCUAUUUGAGAAUAGGAGGUGCUCAGCUUUUUCCGAACGCCAUUCUCAAACAGUUUGCCUACUUAGCCUGGAAGGGUACCAGAGCACUUUUGGCACCAUAAUCACUACAAUGCACUGCAGUGGUUAUGGUGCUAGGAGUGUUCCUUUUAUGUUUAGGAACCCACCCUUGCUCAUCCUUUAUUUCGUAAUUGUAUAAAUUAAUAAAAAAUUACCACUUGCCCUAUGCACAUUGCCCUAUGCACAUUUAAAUAGUUUUUUUUUGUCACUCCCACAUCAAAGCAAACCUCUUAGGUGAGUCCUACAGGAAAAAUUCACCGUCACCUAAAAGAUAUCUCCAACGAAUCAGCGAGGAGUAUUUUCCUGUACCCAUAAACACUUAUUAACCCCUUAAUAGGGAACACAUGGGGUUGGCGGCAGCACUGUAUCAUGGCUGUGCAAUAGAAAUUUAAAGCAUGUGUUCAAACUCCCACUACUCCUGGGCAUCCGCAAAGGCUACAUUAUACAUUAGCUUUAGUAUUACACAGCCGUGUUACAGUGUUAAAAGGUCACUUUUUAAAAUAAAAUGUUUUUUAUAUUGAUUUAAAA